AUGAACAUAAAAGGUCAAAAAAAGAAAAAGCCAAAAGGAAAAAAAAAAGGUAACAUUUGUUUCUUCAAUAUACACAAUAAAGAUAAGGAUGAAGUAAACGAUAAAGAAGAUAAAACGGGGGGAGGUGCUCAUAACAUUAAGGAAAAUAAUAUAGAGAAUGAUAAGGGGAAAAAACAACUAUUGAAUAGUUAUGGGUGUGAUACAUGUGAAAUAAAUAACUAUGUUGAGAAGGAAGAAAUAGAGAAAGAAAUUAAAAAAAGAGAAGACAACAGACAUGUACGUGAAAUAACGGAAGGACUAACGAGCAAAACAGAAAAAGAGAGCGUACGUAAAACUAGCAUGUACAGUAAAAAUAAUACGAAUGGAAUAGAAGUAGGUGUAAAAACGUGCGACAAUAAUGAUGUUAGUAAUAAUGAUAUUAAUGAUAAUGAUGUUAGUAAUAAUGAUAUUAAUGAUAAUGAUAUUAAUGAUAAUGAUGUUAGUAAUAAUGAUAUUAAUGAUAAUGAUGUUAGUAAUAAUGAUAUUAAUGAUAAUGAUAUUAAUGAUAAUGAUAUUAAUGAUAAUGAUGCCAAUGAUAAUAAUGCCAAUGAUAAUAAUGCCAAUGAUAAUAAUGCCAUUGAUAUUAAUAAUGAUUUGCAACAUGGUGAAAGAACAAAAAAACGCAGUUACAUGGUGGACGCAAAUACCAUCAGCGGUUGUCAUACUAGUGGGCGUCCGAACGAAAAAAGCGAUGAAGAAAAAAUUAGGUCUGCUUUAAAAAAUGGAAAUAAAAUAAUAAGUAGUGAAAGUAAGUGUAAAUUAAAAGAAGAGGAUGAUGACGUGAAAAAUUUUCUCAUAUUAAGUAGUAAAGAAGAUAUAGAAGAAAAAACGAAUCUUUUAUUUCCUAAAAUUGACAUCGAUAAUCAGUCUUCCUGGUAUGCAGAUGGAGCAGAGGAUGAAUUUGUUAAAGAAGUAAAUAAACAAAUAGACAAAUUUCAAAAUAAGUUUAAUGAUUUAUAUUUUUUACAAAAUAUAAGCAAUGUUCAAAACUUAAAUAAUAACUAUUCUUCAAAUGGGAAGAACAAACAAACAAAUAAACAAACAAAAAAAAAAAAAAAAAAAAAAGAGCAGCAAAAUGUGCAAGCACAAAUAGGUGUCAGUGAUGUGGUAAAUAAUAAUUAUAGUGUAGUAGGAACAAAGCAAAUUUAUUUUGAAAAAGAAAUCUACCAAUUUUCAGAUGUACUAAUUAAAGGUCAUGCGUUCCUUAGUUUAAAAAGAAAAAAAAAGAAAAAGAAAAAAAAAAAAAAAAUUAAAAUUAGAAUCAAAAUGAGAACUAAGCAUUACAAAAUAAUGAGCGAUUUGUAUCAAAUAGGAAAUGAAGAAAACGCAAGAACAAAAAUAAAGAAAUACUAUAUAUUUAAUUACAAUUGUGGUAAUACAAAAAUUCAAUCAAUUACAGGAUAUAUCCGAUGUUUUAAAACCUAUAGCCUAUACAAAGAAAAUAAUAAUAAUUUGAAAAAGAAAUUAAUCGAAAAGUAUAAUUUGCAAGUAGAAACAGUUGACAAGAAUUGCUUAAAAAAUAAAACGGCAAUUUCAGUUUUACUUUGUGUUAAUGUGUCUAAUUGUUUAUCACCCUCUGAUUUUUUAGAGUUAUUAUAUCCUUUUGACAAUUUCAUAUUUUUUUUAAAAGUUCUAAACAAAAAAAAUAAUGAAGAGUAUAUGAUUUAUUUCUUAACCUUUAAUAAGUAUGCUAAAAAGAUAAUGAAAACGGCAAAAUGUAUUUCCUAUUUUAAUAUGAAAAAAAAGAAGAGAUUAAAAAUAUAUAUAGUUAAAGACAUUACAAUGAAUGUUACAUCCUGUAUAAGUAAGAAGAACAAACGUUUGAUCAGUACACACAAGUAUUACGAAAAAAAAAAAGAAAAAUUUGCAAAAUCGAAUGUCAAAAAUGGUGCAACUCAACGACCUUUUUUAAAAACGAAUUUUAUUAAUGCACUUUAUCUUAUAUCACAAAAUAAGUUUCAGUUAUCAUGUGCAGUGUGCCUAGAACCUUUAUAUUCGGAGAGCCUAAGUAAAAUAAUUUCCUACAUUUUUAACUUAAAUCUUGAAAAUCAAAAAAAAAAAAUUAUUAGGAAAAAAGACCCCUUCAAAAAUCAAUGUAGUAAUAAAAAUGAUAUGACGAUUAAAAAUAAUAUUAACGGAAAUUAUAACAAAGAAGAAGAAAAAAAAAAGAAAAUAAAAGAUCGUUAUGAUGAUAAUGUAGUUGGAGGGAUGAAAAAUGAAUUAGUUAAAAAAGAAAAUUUUAACAAAACAAGUAUUACAACUACUGUUCCAAACGGAGGUUUUUAUGAAGAGUAUACAUCCAUUGACAAAUGUGUUACGAAUAAGGAAAAUAAUAGUAUAUUUAAAAGAGAACAAUAUUAUUUACCCAAAACAUUAAACAGUUAUACGAUGAAUGGAUAUACCCACGACCCGAUAAUUAUUCGUUUUGUUAACAAUAUGCAAAAUAAAUAUAAAAAUCAAAUUAAGAAAAAAAAGAAAAAUAACAAGAAUCAAAUAUUUAAUAAUGUUUGUAUAAAUAUUUUAUGUAGUCAUAUAUUUCAUUCCAACUGUUUGAAAAAAUGUUGCUUCACAUCCUGUCCCAUAUGUAGAUAUAAACAAUAUAAUUAUAAAAUAGCAAAUUGUGAUAUUUGUGAAAAAAAUUAUGAUGUUAAAAUUUGUUUAUUUUGUGGUUUUAUUGGUUGUUCUGUUAAUUAUGAUAAAAUUAAUAAAUUAAAAAAUAAAAAAUUAAAAGAAAAAAAAAAACUUUUAAAAAAAAAAAGUGGAAUAAUAAGAAAGAUUAUACUCACAUUUUUACGAAUAGUAAACUUUUUCCCUGAAAAGGACAGUUUUAUUUCGGUACCCUCAUAUUACAAUAGGAAAAAUGCUCAUUAUAAAGUGGCUAACAUUUCAAUGGAUGGAGAAGAAAAAGGGGGGGAAAAUUGUUGCAUAUACAAUGUCAAAAAUGUCGUAGAUGAGCAAAAUGAAAAACAUUAUGAAGGGGAAAUACUUUUAAACAAAAAUGAAAUUAAUGGUAAACGUGCAGAACGGCAGAACGAACAUAAUUAUUACAUAAAUCAGGAAGAAGUAAACUUAAGUGAAAAAAAAGAAGUUAACGAAACGUGUAGCUGUAGAGACAAAGUACAAUGGUGUGAUAAUGCCAGAUUUAAAAAAAAAAAUAUAAGAAAUGAUAUAUCAAUUAGUUUAUUAGGAUCAAAUGAAAAUAAUGAAUGUUCUCCACAUUUAAAGAACUUUUUGAAGUAUAUUUAUAUUAGUAAAUGGGAAAGAAAAAAAAAAAAAAAAAGGAGGGGAAAUGUUUCGUCUUACAGUUUUCUUCGCAAUUUUAAUGGAAAUAUAGGAGCAAAGGUCCAAUGUUUAGGAAGAAAUAGGGUAACAGACAAAGUGCGGGAAAAGAAGGAAAAAGAGAGAAAAAAAAAAGAAAAGAGGGGAGGGAAUAAAAACAAAUCGGGGGAAAAUAAAAGAAACGAUGGAAAAGCUUAUAUUCGAAAGAAGUGUGAGCUUACACAAAACAGAAGAAAAAAAAUACCGAAAAAACGGAAAAAGGGUUUUGCUUCGUUUAACAAAUAUGACGUUGUAAUAAAAGUAAAUAAUAGGUAUGAUGGAAAAAAUUAUCCAAAAAAAAUAAACAAAAAAAUUUUUGUAGAUCAUGCAAAAGGUCAUUUUUACGAAACUAAUCAUAACUAUUUUUUUGAUAUUUCGAAAAAUUCAGUGUACGAUUAUAGCAGUCAUCUAUAUAUAAAAAAGUUAAUAAAUUUAAAAAGUGAAAAUAAAGAAUUAAAAAAAGUAUAUUCAGGAAAUAUAUAUAUGAAUGGAAAGGACGGAAUUAUAGAUAAAAAAAAUAUAAUUAUGUACAUUUACGAAUUUAACCAACUAUUAAGCGCUUUAUUAGAAAGUCAAAGAGAUAAUUUCUUAUCGUGUAUAUAUGAAUUGAAAUUAAAUUAUGAAAAUAUUGAUAACGAAAAUUUGAUUGAAAUAAGUAAAUGUUUUAACGAAAUAAAAAAUUUACAACAAGCAAAUUAUAAUUUAAAAACGCAAGUAAGGAAAAAAAUGAACAUCUAUCUUGAAAAACUUAAAACAAAUGAAGAACUGCGUAAACAGCUAAAAAAUGUAGAAAUAAUAAAUGAAAAAUUAUGUGAAAAUCAGAAGAAAGAAAUACAUAAGUAUGAAGUUAAGACUCAAGAAAAAAAAAAAAUUAUUAAAGAAAAACAACAAAUAAUAAGGGAAUUAAAUCAACAGAUUACGGACCUACGUUUUCACAAACAGGCUACUGCUAAAUUUUGCGAGAAUGCAGAAAUAAAGAAUUCAUCGUUUAUGAUAGGAGAAAAAAUUACGCAAAAAAGUAGAUUUAAAAAACGUUAA